CCAGGUCAAUGGAAAUACGGUUCAUCAUAGUUCCCGCACUCUAGCGAAAUGCCAUCGGAAGCAACGUUUACUUCAUCUUAAUCGAAAAAACAACAACAACAACAAAAAUACUAUGAACAAUAUUUAAAAUGCCUUGAGAUUUGUAGGCGGACCUGGCUGACAUAUUCUUCUCAAAAAACAACUUUCUAACUAUGAGUUAUAAAAUGCAUUGUUGCAGGACACGCGUAGAUUCUAUUGCGGUUAACGGUUAAUAAAUUAAAUUAAAAAUAAUAUUUUUCAAAUAAAACUAACUCAGACUAUAUCACUUUUACACGUCGCGUAUGUGCUAAAACAAACCGACCAGGCGCAUUAGGAACCUUCGCUCGUCCCGUAACCGUGAAUGCAGCGUAACUUUGCAACCCAGGGAAUCCAGAUAUACUUUCACGUAACGCGACACACUGGCAGUAACUCUCCGUGGUGUUUGCCUGCGGAAAUAAAUGACCCGACGUUGUUGAGAGUAGGUAGCGUUUACUUAAAGUAUCCUUCUUCUUGUCUGAACUCAACUAAACGCCUGUGUAAAGGAUUUCAAAGCAGGCGAGUGAGGCCAUUUCCAGCUGAUCCCGCGUCUGCUAUUUCUCUUUUGUGUUUAACGCUUCGCGGGUUCAGCGUUAGUUGACGGCCUGGUUGUCUGAAUUCGGCUGCAUUUGGGCCUGGCUUGCACUGCGGGUUUCACCCCUCUUCCUUCCUGCGGGGAACGUCCAUGCCGUGUCAAACACGAAUGAAAAAAAACUUUUGCUUGGACAUGAAAGAAAAUGGGCAGCUGUAGUGACUCCACCAGUGACCUGGACGAGGAGUUGCCAGUGUUUGACUUCCUCCAGCCGGGUCGACACCUCAGCCAAACCUCGAAGAGCCACAUAGAGGCACUGGAUGACUCUGAUGCAGAAGACAUAGCCAUCUCCUCCCCAGUGAAGGAUAAUGCAGGCUCACGUACAGGAACGACUGAUGUAAUGAUGAUCAGCAGCGAUUCUGAUGACGACGAACCUCAUGUCCCCCUGGCGCAGAGACUCAAACAGAGACAAGACAAUGCGAUUAGUGCCUCCUCCGCUGUCGCCAAUGGCGAAGACGCUGAGCAGUAUCCGCCAUCCAAUCUGGCCACCUCACAGCUCUCCCGCCACAAUGGCUUUCCAGAGUCAGAGCCGCCGCUCAGCUUCCAUCAGGUGAGAACAGCGAGCCACGGGGCCUCCGGUGCAGGGAGCAUUGACACCUCUCCUGCCAAGAGGAAACCUGCCAAGCGGACGGUGGAGGAGAUCCGGGCCUCCAGGGAGGAGGCUCUGAGGAGAAGGCAGGGCAGGGAGAGACUGCAACGGGACAAGGAGAUGCUCACGCUGGAACGAGAGAGACAGAAAGCAGAGAGGAAAGCUCUGGCAGAGGCUGCCAAGGCCCUGAGGCCAGAGGAGUGUAUCAAGCACAUGGUGGUGGCUGUGGACCCAGCUCUGUUACAGCUGGAAGGAGGAGGGACUCUGCUGGCAUCGGUGCAGGCUCUGGGUUGCAGCUGCGCCAUAGAGAAACAACCGCUCCCACGCAGUGUCAGCUGGAUGCGGAGGGCUCCCUGCGCACAGCCAGAUGAUGCAGUGUGUGUAGCAGAGCCCCAUGUUGUGAUGCAGAUGACAGUGGAUGACUUCAUCACUCUGAUCCACGGCUACAUUCAGGUUGGUGGGGAAGGGAGGUUUGGCAAAUCCGACUCUGAUCCCACUCUGACUUCGUGGGUGCAAGAGAGGCAGAGGCAUCACCCUGACAAGGUCCUCAGCCUGGUGGUCAUCGACUUGGAGAAAUACUUCAGAUCCCAGAAGUCACAAAGCCAGAAGAGGUUGCGGGAGGCUGUCGCAAAUGAGGACCCGGGGGGAGGAAAAGCGAGGAAGAGGAGGAAGAAUGGUGGAGCUGAGGGGCUGCCAGAGGUGUCACGAGUUGAAGUAGAAGAGGCAGUGGUGCAUCUCCAGCUUCACACCGGUGUCUCAGUCCGCUUCUUGCCAACCUGGAAGGACUUCUCGGAUCACAUCACCAUGACAACCAAAGCGGUGGCAGAGGCCCCUUUCAAGCGAGAGAGGGAGAAGACGGGCUUCUCUUUCUACCUGGAGAGUGAGUGGGCGGGGGGGCAGCGGGUGGAUAAAGCCGGUAAGGGCCUGCUGCAGGUGUGGAAGAGACAGAUCCAGCAGUUCAAUAGAGUCAGUCCAGACAUGGCCUCAGCCAUCCUGGCAGCUUACCCCUCCCCACAGCUGCUCAAGAAGGCUUACAGUCUGUGCAAGACCGACCGUGAGAAGAUCUCCCUGCUGACUGAGCUCCUGAUCCGCAGAGGAGAGGGCGUGACCUCCACGACUCGGCGGAUCGGUCCGGAGCUUUCCAAACGCCUGUUCCUCAUGAUGAACUCCUGUGAUCCCGAGCAGACACUGGACUCCACUGUCUGACCUAUGAAAUUUUCCCACCUACUGAUUUUUAUUUUUAUUUUUUAUUUUUAUUUUUUCUAAUCUCGUUCCCAACAGCUUUGAACUGUGGCUAUAUGUGUUCACAAAAUUGAAUUUGA